AUGCCGGUCGCACCGGAUAAUGUAGAACGUUCGUUUGAAGCAAAACCACAUAUUCUGAACAUGCUACCUACCUUUCACGGGAAAGGUACUGAAGAGCCAUAUGCACACAUAGCAGAUUUUGAGGCAGUUUGUGGUAUGAUUGCGGGACACGGUUUCACGCCAGAUCAGGUUAAGUUGGUAUUGUUUCAGUUUUCAUUAAAGGAUGCUGCGAGGGAUUGGUUUACAUCGUUGCCAUAUGCUAGCAUUUAUACAUGGCAAGAGCUGCAACAACAAUUUUUGGAUGAGUACUAUACCCCGCAAAGAACUAAAACGGGGAGAUUAGCAAUCAGAGAGUUCCAACAAUUACCGGGUGAGCUUCUUUACGAGGUUUGGAAACGGUUCAAUCAAUUGAUCCGUAAUUGUCCUCACCAUGGUAUUCAAAGAUGGGAGUUGAUUACUGCAUUCCAUGAUGGGAUUUCCAAUGAGGAUAGACGGGAUAUUAAGGCUAUCACUGGGGGUACAUUUUUGAAAAAUCAUGUGGAUGUAGAUUGGGAUUAUUUGGAUAUUGUUGCAGCAGAUUCGAAGAGGCAGGCACAGUCGGAUAGGAAUAAAAAGUAUCCAAUUGUGGCACCAUCAAGUACAGGAGCCUCUAAUGCAAGGGUUGCUCAGUUAGAGAGAGAAAAGGAGGCAUUGGAACGCCAGUUAGCGAAAUUUCGAGGUUUGGGCGAACGGGAUGCAGUGCAUGCGACGCAAACCUUUCCGGUUUGUGAUUCGUGUGGAGAUUUGGGACAUACGUUGGAUGCAUGUCCGGGUCAGUUUGUAGCGGCUGAGGAGGACGUGAACAUGGUUUAUGGAGAGCAAAGGAAUUAUGAUAUGAAUUCAAACACAUAUCAUCCAGGUACCGAAUCAAGGAAGCCAGCCGUACCAGAACCGUCAAUCGAAUUAUAA